AUGCGCAUCCGAUCCUACCCCAAUCUAGUCAACCAACAAAUUAUUCAACAAAUGGAGCCAUCGGCGAAUUUUAUGCUCGCAAAGACAUCAAAGAAAAUGAAGGAUUUGGUGAAGAAUUAUAUCUACAAAGUGGACCAAGUUUGGGUCGAUUCUAGUACGAAUGUCGCUUUUGUAAUCGAAAUCGAACCUGAACUCUCUCGAAAGAAGAAAAUGCGCAUGCGAUCCUACCCAUGUCUUGUCAACCGACAAAUUAUCCUAGAAGUGGAUCCAUCGGCAAAUUUUAUGCUCUCAAAGACAUCAAAGAAAAUGAAGGAUUUGGUGAAGAACAACAUCUACAAAGUGGACCAAGUUUGGAUCGAUGUCAGUUCAUAUGUGGCUUUUAUAAUCGAAAUUGAUGGAAAAAUUCACAAAGUGUUGGGUCUCCGUCAUGAUUUGGCACCAAGUGAAAAUAUAUGGUAUAGGUUUUCAUUAAAUAUGGUCUUGCUCCGUUCACCAGCCGUUCAACAGUACCACGAGAUCCUCACGAAUCACAAUUACAUUUGUGAAAUAUUCAAAUGUGAAUCUAGCCGAAUUCCAGUCAUUGAUUCCAUGGAGAAUCCAGAAUUCCCUGAAGAGUUUUCAGCUCAGUUUCUGAUGGAUGUAGACUUUUGCAAUCUCAGGAAUUUGGGUAUCCUACCAACUAAUUAUAGGAAAAUCCCAAAUCUUAUGAUUGACGAUGUCAAAUAUAAUGUUGACGAUGCAAUUUACCUUUAUGAAGGACGAAAUAUCGUAUUAAAGAAUGCAUGGCUGGAUGACGGACUUGCCAGAAUAUUCAUUCUGCGUUGGAUGUUGAAAAUGAAGGAAGAUUUGGUGGCACUCAUCGCGUUCCAAGAUGCUCAAAAAGUUUUUGAUGAGUCUAGUGUAGUGGCACUUUUGAAUGAGAAAAGGAACUCUACCACUGAGUCAAGGGUGGAAGAUUGGGAUCCAGAGAAAAGGGAUAGAUACUUCAAGUAUGAUUCAAUAAUCGCGAAUCACUACGUCUUCCCAACGGACACAUUUGAUUGUGAGCAUGGCUAUGAUAUCGUCAGAGAAGAUGGAAAACGAGCAACCGUUAAAGUUUCCCCAAAUUAUUUUAUGUUCUUUGUAUGGCCAUGA